UGAGAAGAGAAGCCGCAGCCCCUGCAGGACGGGGGCCGGCGUCGGGAUGGGCUCCGCCGCUUCGCCGGAGGGAGCGCUGGGCUACGUCCGCGAGUUCACGCGCCACUCCUCCGACGUGCUCGGCAACCUCAACGAGUUGCGCCUGCGCGGGAUCCUCACUGACGUCACGCUGCUGGUUGGCGGGCAACCCCUCCGAGCUCACAAGGCAGUUCUUAUCGCCUGCAGUGGCUUCUUCUAUUCGAUUUUCCGAGGCCGUGCAGGAAUUGGGGUGGAUGUGCUCUCCCUGCCCGGGGGCCCCGAAGCCGGAGGCUUUGCCCCUCUCCUGGACUUCAUGUACACUUCGCGCCUACGCCUCUCUCCGGCCACUGCGCCAGCUGUUCUUGCGGCCGCCACCUAUUUGCAGAUGGAUCAUGUAGUCCAGGCAUGCCACCGCUUCAUUCAGGCCAGCUAUGAACCUCUGGGCAUCUCCCUGCGGCCCCUGGAGGCAGAACCCCCCACGCCCCCAACGGCCCCUCCACCAGGCAGUCCCAGGCGCUCCGAAGGGCACCCAGACCCACCUACUGAGUCUCGAAGCUGCAGUCAAGGCCCCCCCAGUCCAGGCAGCCCAGACCCCAAGGCCUGCAACUGGAAAAAAUACAAGUUCAUCGUGCUAAACUCUCAGGCCUCCCAAGCAGGGAGCCUGGUGAGGGAGAGGAGUUCUGGUCAACUUUGCCCCCAAGCUGGGCUCCCCAGUGGAGAUGAGGCUUCCAGCAGCAGCAGUGGCAGUGAAGAAGGACCCAUUCCCGGCCCCCAGAGCAGGCUCUCUCCAACUGCUGGCACUGUACAGUUCAAAUAUGGGGCUCCAGUCAAUACCCCCCAUCUCACACCCCGGGCUCCAGAAACCACUGCAUCAUCUCCCACUGGGCGGGCUCGGCCACCGCCAGGAAGUGAGUUUUUCAGCUGCCAAAACUGUGAGGCUGUGGCUGGGUGCUCAUCGGGGCUGGACCCCUUGGCUCCUGGAGAUGAGAACAAACCCUACAAGUGUCAGCUCUGCCGGUCUGCAUUCCGCUACAAGGGCAACCUGGCCAGUCACCGCACGGUGCACACCGGGGAGAAGCCCUACCACUGCUCCAUCUGCGGAGCCCGCUUUAACCGGCCGGCUAACCUGAAAACGCAUAGCCGCAUCCAUUCAGGAGAGAAGCCCUAUAAGUGUGAGACGUGCGGUUCCCGCUUUGUACAGGUAGCACAUCUGCGUGCGCACGUGCUGAUCCACACGGGGGAGAAGCCCUAUCCUUGCCCCACCUGCGGGACGCGCUUCCGUCACCUACAGACCCUCAAAAGCCAUGUUCGCAUCCACACAGGGGAGAAGCCUUACCACUGCGACCCCUGCGGCCUGCAUUUCCGGCACAAGAGUCAACUGCGGCUGCAUCUGCGCCAGAAACAUGGAGCUGCUACCAACACCAAAGUGCACUACCACAUUCUGGGGGGGCCUUAGCUGAGCGACAGCCCAGAGCCCAGUCACUUUCUGGAAGCCAGGAAAGCUGCUGGCCCACACCUGGCUUCUCUGUCAGAUUUGGGCAUGAAGGUGUGCAAGGCCCCUCCAUUCUCAGAAACUGCUACCACCUUAAUUUCUCGCUGGGGAGAGCAGGGGUGGCAGGUCCUGACUCGAUCUGCCUCUGUUUUGCUGGUCAAAACCUCUUCCCCACAAUCAACAUUGUUUCUGAGGAGAAAGCAGGCUGGGAGCUGGGAAGAGGAGAGGUUGGAGGCCUAGUUUUCUUAGGAAACAGUCCUCCACCUGCAGUCCCUAUCUCAUUUGGUUUAUCUGUAAAUAUAAUUUAUUGAGGCCUUUGGGUGGCACCAGGGCCUUCAUUCUACUGCAUUUCCCACUUCCCUCUUCCCAGUGUGAUCAAAGUGACCUGAAACACAGAAUGUGAGAUCUCUUCCCUAUGAGAUCUGAAAUUUUGUGUUCUCUUCACAGCUCUGCUGGCAGAGAUUAGCACUUAGCUGUGUCCCUCGGCUUGAGUGUUCUAUGUUGUUAUUGCCAUAACUUCUGUCUUUAGAAUUGUUCUUUCUCCUAUUUGUUUGCUUGUUGGUUUGUUUCAAAUGGAGAAAUGGGUUUCCUGUGUCCUGCCCCCCUAAUUCUAGGUCUGGAACCUUUCUUUGUCUAGGGCAGCUCUGGGCACACGUGGGUUUGUGGAAUCGGGUCAGGAGCCCUCUCUGGUAUCCUGGAUAUUAUAGGUUCUCUAGCAGGCUAGAACUGGGUAGUCUUUUCUCUGUUCUUCAGGGUUAUGGAAACUGUGUGGUAAGCCUGAAAUGGAGGGAAUAAAUGCCUCCCGAGGGCUGGGGGUGGGGGGCUUUGUCAGUCUUGGAACUGGGGGGAUGAUUGGAGAGGCUUUUUCUUAUACCCCUAACUGUCCCAUUCAUUUGUUCACUGAGGUUUGAUACCACUGUGUCUGUCACGAUAGAGCCCACAACCCUCCCACUAGGGCCUGUUCUUAGCACUGAAUUGGUCCCUCCAUAGGGAAGAGAUCUGAAAUUCCUUAUUAGAGAUGAUGCAGCCUUUUCUGAUUCUGCCUCGUCUCUAAGAAUGUUAUGAUGUAGAGGAGCAUUACAAAACUCUUUAUCUUGGCUAAGCAUGUCAUGACCAGUCCUUUGAUGCUGAGGCAUCUGGGCUUGAAUGUCCCUUGGGGCUCUCUCUACCUGAGACAAACUCCUUCCUUCAGUGGGUUUUUGGACGUGUUCUGGCAAAUGUCCAGAUCCCAGAAACUUCUUUGCCUCUAGAAGCCACAGGUGCUUGGUAACUUGCUUUCCUUAGAAAAGCUGGGUCUGUGACCCGGUCUUUCCAUCACUGCAUUCCUGUCUGGAACUAGUGAAUGCACUAGAACCUUCCACAAGGAGAGUAAAGGGGCUGAGUUCCAUUUUGGGUUUGCUAUAGUUUGGGAUUAUGAUUGGGAUUACUGUUGGGGUUAGAGGUUUAGGUUUAAAAAAGUAAUUGACUGAUGGACCUCCUAGUAGACCAAGUAUCCAGGUAGAAUUAAGAGACUGGUUGAGGGGUGCAGUUUCUGGUGUAGGCCAAGCAGGUAGAAAGUUAGGAAUGGGGUUGCCUCUUAACUAGGCAGAAGGUCUGGAAUGUUAGAUGAUGCUCUGAAGCCUUGAUUUACAGUCCUGCCCUUUUUGCCAUGGAGCCUAUUUGAUUAUGGGGCAUGGGGAAGAGGGUAAGAAGCACUUUGAAUUUGUGGGGUAGAGCUUCCUCAAGAUAGGUUAGUACUAGUGGCUGUCAUUUGGAAACUGGUGAGAAAGCUACUCUUCGCCCUCUUAUUCUCCACUGCAGGCUUGCAGGAGGGAGGGAAAGAAGAAGAGAGAUGCAAGAAAGAACUACGAUUUUUUAUUUAUUUUUUUAAAAUUUUUUAGCAGAAUGGAUGGGCAGGUGGAGAGUGCCUAGGGGGGAGAUGUUAGAUCUUGCAAGAUCAGAAUCAUGGAAUAAAGAAGCCUCUCUGUGUUGC